GCCGGUUGAACUCGGCUCAGUGUUUCUUGAAUUUAACAAGUGUGUGUUGUGAUUAAAGAAAAUAAUGUCCGCAUCACCAAUUGCAAGGGCGACGCAUAGCCAGACAAUACCGACUAGGCGUGUCCAUAUAACGGAUCCUUCCCAAAUUCCAGAUGUCUACUCCAGCACUCCUGGAGGCACCAUAUACUCUACUACACCUGGAGGUACCAGGAUUGUUUAUGACAGAUCGUUUAUGAUGUCACUGAGUCAGUCACCGAUCUCAAAAACACCACCGCAAUGUGCACUGCCAGUCUCGAUGCUAAAGAAUCCUUCGGGACCGAUUGCCCACCUGCAGACGUCUACUCAUAAGCCUCGCUCGAAUUCCAUCUCCUUUGACGAAUCACAGGAGACAUUCUCUAUGGAUCUCUAAAUAGGUUAAGGUUAUUAAACUUGUGCGAUCUGUGGCGGGAAAUAAUGACACAGAAAUGUAUUGUCGCGUAGCCUUAUUUUUUAUAAUAGAGCUAAGUCAAAAAAUCGCAAAUCUCUAGUCACCUAAUAAAUGUUGGGUAUGUAAUUUAAAACAUAAUACUUUGAUAGAGCUAGAAACAUUUGUACCUCUAUGGAUAGAGAGGGAUGGUGAUAAAAUUCACAAAUAUAGCAUUUUCUCGACUGAUUUGAAUUUUGACUUAAGCAUAGAUUUUAUGUAUUUGUAGGAUUCUUAAGUACUAUGUUAUAACUACGGUUAUGUGAAUGCGUUUAAAAAACGCAGCCCUUUGCAAAAAAAAAUAUAAAAGCCACAAAAAAAUACAUAUUCUUUAUGGAAUGGCUGAAUGCGUUUUAAAUAAAAAAAACAAGGGGCAUUAAGUCAGUAUGAAUGUUUUGAUGUGCAAAGUGCGUUUGACGCAACACUUAAUGAGGUGCUGAAAUUUUUCAUAUAAAUUUACCAUAUCAAUGUUAUUACCAAAAAUAUAGAUAACCUUUGAUGAUUUUAUGAACACAAAUUACAAGUUUUAAAGUAUUUAGUAUUUUAAUAAAGAUAUGAUAUUUCAUAGGGAUAUUAAAAUAAAUGUAUUGCCUUAUAAGAUAUUUGCGUUAAAUCGUUCCGAGAAUGUAUUAUUACAUGACUGCUAAUAAAAAAAUUGAAAUAA